AGUCAUCAGUUCUCCCUUUCUAACACUUUCAAGUAUUUCAGCGUUACAUUUUGUUCCUAUGAUUUUGUAUAUUUUCUAGUAUUAAACUUUACUCCACAUAAUGGAUAUACCCGAGCCAGUUGGCCCAACAAUAAAGAGGGACAGCCAAAAGAAGCACACGUCAUUUCAGUCCGAGUUCAUGACUGAUAGGUGGAACCAUCAUAUGCAGCACAUUCGCUUCAGUCACAUUGAGUUUUACAGGAAGAUUCCCAUGCAAAAGAAAAUGAAGCUCGCCCUCGAGAGAAAUAUCGGUCCCCAUGCCUAUAUAAUAGUUGGCGACACAGUCUACAAGUGCCAGGUGUUUGUACUCCGCAUCUACUGCAAGGGGUUCAUCGAGAACCUUAAAAAGGGUGACGUAAUCAAGGUUCCCAAUGACGCAAUGAGCAAUGAAUUCUUUGAAUUGGCCUAUGCCUGGAUGACUAGUAAUAAGGUAUAUUGUCCACAAGAUAAGAUAUUGGAUUUCCUAGGCGCUGCAAGAUUUUUGCACUGCACUUCCUUGAUCAAGUGCGUCUUUGAGCAUCUUAACGACCAUAGAAUCCACUCCGAGCUGACGGCAUUUAGUUGCUUUUUGAAGGCCAGAGACAUGGGUGCUACCCAAAUGGCCGCUAUGAUGCUGUCCAGGGUGAGCAAGUCCUUCCUCGUCCUGGUGGCCAAUGGACAGUUCCUAAGGCUGGAUAUCGAAAGCGCGUGCACUCUGCUGAGUUCCAGCUACUUGGCUGUGCAAAGUGAGAUUGAGAUUUUUUAUUCGGCUCUGCUCUGGCUGAUAUCAAACUAUCAGAUACGCAAAAUUUACAUUCCCCGUGUCUUGGGCUUGGUACGAUUCCAUAUGAUGCCGCCCGCAUUUCUUCUUAAACGGGCGCAAAAUCUUGAAGAUCUGCGACCAGAACUUGCGGAUUUCCUGUGCCACCAUCUAUACAAUGCUAUGCUGAGCCAGCACGAAUAUUAUAUGGAUUUCAAGUCCGAAUUUUUGGGAAGCGACAAUCGCAGGUGGAUUCGGGAUCCAAAGUGUCCUUAUGCAGAUUUUCUCAAUGCGAACGGUGACUUCCUGCUCUCCCCAAACGUAUUUAUUAGCUAUCUGCGGCGAAUCCAAAAGUCACCUGCGGGGUUUAUAGCUCGAUUGAUAUUGGUGGGAUCUUUGGAAGAAAUUGACAAAUUCUUUUUGGAAGAAGAUGAUGAUGGUGAAGAAAUGACGAUUAACGAACCAUCGACAUCAAAAAACUUUACAGAUGAUUUCGAUGAGCAAUCCAAUCUGGACUCUGAGAUAUUUUUAAAUACCAAAUACGUCGACUCCUACCUUGAUGACAUUGCGUUCAAAUCAACCAAUAGUGAUGAUAGUUAUAGAAUGCGAAGCAUAGCCGGGAAAGAUAACUUUACACCGAAAGGUACAGACUCUUUCGAAGAUUUCGAUUUCGCCACGAAUGUUAAAGGGGAAACAAAAUCGGAACAUACAAUCAAUUUGGCAAAGGAAAAGAUCAUUUAUAAAUUGUCUGCCGGUGGAAUUGCUAAGCCCAAUAUCGAUUCUGAUUCCGAUUCGGAUUCUUCUGGUGAUCCAUCCCAGGCUACAACCUCCUCAACAGAUUCCCUUUCGGACAGCGACAAAGGGUCUGUGCACAGUACUGUAGGAGAUUCCGCUGCAGAUUCUCCAGAAGAUUCCUCUGCAGAUUCCCCUGUAAAUUCUUCUGCAGAAUCGCCUGGAAUUUUACUUGCAGAUUCCCCUGCAGAUUCCAGUGGAAGUUCUUUCGCGGACUCCCCCAAAUGUUUUGCCGGUGAUUUGGAAUGGGAACCCGUUAAAGAUUCCAAUGCAGACUCCCAUCCCGAUUUCACUGUAGAAUCCGCAACAGGAUACGCCACGACUUCUGCAGGAUAUUCCGGUAAAGGUUCUUCGGUGUGUUCCCGAACAGAUAGUAUAAGCUCUGAGGUUUACGAAACGGAUGAUUCAUUCGAAUAUUUCUGAGAUAAAUUAUAUUUAUUGCUUACACAUAAAUGUUAUAUUGUUAAAUUAUA